UCACGUGUUUUCACCUGUUUAACCAAUUAACGCGUUACGCGUGGACUACCAACAAAAGCAAGAUUUUUUGCCGUUAUUUUCUCUUGCGGUGACCUGAAUAUCACAGCUCCGUCGUUUUAUCCUUUUUCCUUCACCCAACUUCUUCGUCUGAUUGUCUUCUUCUUCUUCUUCCUCCUCCUCAAUCGUUUCCUCAAAUCUCUCUUCCCGGGAAAAUUCUUGUCUUUCCAUAGAAAAUGGUAGAUUCCGGGAAAGAGUUUUUGAUGUUAGAUAGCUACAAUAGUAUCCCAUGGUUAAUUUGGAUCCAAAUGUUCGUCUUCGUCCUCCUCUUACUCCUCCUUUGCGUCGUCGGAAUCUUCUCCUUAGAUAUCGGAGAUAACAAUUGCUCAUCUUCUGAUUCUGUUCCUUCUACCUCUGGUUCAUCUCUUUCUAAACGAUUUCUUUCUGGAAAUCCGAUUCCGAUCAGCCACCAUGGUUUGGGGUUUUCCGUCAAUUCAAGUCUCAUACAGUCUCACCAGAUUGGAAGCUCUCAAAGCAUAAAAGGAGAGAUAACACCAGCUGUAACAAGGAGAGUGACAAGAACAGAGGAAGCAGAAGGUUCGUUGGACAAAGAUUCAAGUCAUAGUUUGCAUCAUCCGUGUACUUUGUUUAGGCUGGCAGGAUCUGCAUUUCUAAAGUGUUUCGGGAUUGACCGGAGUACCGAAGAAGAUACCGAGGAUUCUUUGAGACAAGAAUCUAAGAAAGAGAGAUGAUUGAAGCUCUUUGUGAAUAGAAGAAGAGAGAACAUACUAUAACACGUUUUUAUUAUGUGUUGAUCGUAGCAAUCGAGUAGGAAGAGAUUGAAGAAACUUGUAAAGUAGUACUAAUGAAAAAGGUGAAAUUGUCGGGGUAACACGAACGAGUUGACUCAACGCAUUCGUUUUUUCUUUUUACGUGAAAACGAUAUUGUCACUAUGGUUAAAAUUGUCUUAAAUGCGGUUAUUUUUGGUGGUAUAUAUUUGAA